AGGAUUUUAAACAUGUUCAACACACGCAUUUUUCUCCUCUCGUUGGUCAUUCUUGGAGCAUGUUCCGCAGAUCAAACUGCAAAUUAUGCGGUUCAUCAAAUAAUGAAAAUUGUUGAAAUAGCUGUUGAUCGUCAAGAAAUCAGUCCAUUACUUUACCUUUUGGAUCCAUCUUUCAACUAUACAAUGUGUGGAUAUGAGGGAAACGUGAAGACUUUUAAAGGAUAUUUGGAGAAUCAAUUGGAAAAUAUUAUGGAUAUUAAGUUCUUGGUAGACUAUGACAAUGCCGAUGUUGUAAGAAAUGGGAAUUUGGAAACUCUUAAAUUCAACGUGGACACAACAACCUUGUAUAAAGAUAGAUCUCGUGUGGAAGGUGGAGCAGUUGUGACUGCGAUUCGUGAGAAAUACUCUGCGAAUUUCUAUAUUUCACAUAUCUAUCAACGUUGCCGUGUUACCUCCAAACGUCACCAUCGUCUUUAUCGUCUGUUCACCAACGAGAACUUGUACGACUAUAAAAAAUAGAACUACAAGAAUGUGAAAAUAAUAACUUGACAUCUAUUGAAAUCAUCUUUGUGUGUGUGAAUUUUUAUAAGUAUGUAAUUGUGUUUAUUUCGGUUUUGGUCAUCGAAUAAACAGUUUUCUGAGUU